UCGACUUGUAGGUCUCUGGUCCUGUUGGUACACGGUGCCCACUUUUUCACCGAUAAACUCGUCAAGCACUGCUUGAAACACGACUAAAAUACCUGUUCUAGCAGUGGUUGCAUCUCAACCCAGCUCAUGCUAUCUCGGCACACAGUGUUGCUAUCUUCUGGCGUGUUAAUAGCCUCUGUUCCAGUAGAUCUGUGAUAUUUCAUCAGUCGCCGUCAUGGAGAACACCACCCAGGGAUGUGAUAUCCUGUAUGUUCUGAUGAACGAGUCGUCAAUAGACUUCUUGACGUACGGCCAAACUUCCACGAUCUUGAUUACGAUCAUCAUGCCUUGUAUCCUCUUCCUGGGGCUUAUCGGCAACCUCAUCUUCCUCUUCGUUCUUUACAGAGUCCGUUGGAUGCGGAGUGUUAUCACUUUCUACCUGGCUAACUUGGCUAUAGCUGAUAUCGUCUUUCUUGUGUUCACAGUAGGGGAGAAGGUUUGGAUGUACGUUACCUCCCCGUUCCUGGAUGAUGUCAGUGGUAUCGGACCCACAGCGUGUUUCCUCUUCUAUCCCUUCCAAGCCACGUCAUACUUCACUUCCAUAGCUCUGGUGACUGUGAUUUCCUACGAGAGGCUCCAAGCAAUCUGCCGGCCGAUGGGUAAGAUUAUGAACCGGCAACUGCACCACUGUAAGAGGCUUACGGCGUACGCUUGGGUCCUCGGUGCUGCUUUCUCCUGCUUACUCAUACCCGGUAAGAGUGUGGUUAACACGUAUUGCGUAGAAUGGGAAGUCGACCACAAUCUCAACAGGAGCUCUGCGUCACUGUUCCCCGACCCAAUGCUGAUAUGUGACCCACUGUGGUCUUGGUCUGGUAUCUUUGCAAACUGUCUGCAAACUGUUCCGUUUUUCAUGGCAUUUGUGGCUAAUUCCAUAAUGUACUUUAGGAUCAUCCAAGCCUUAAAGAAAAGUAACGCAAACGCUAACACUGUAGACCUACGAGCCCGUACUUUACAAGACCGUAACAAGGUAACCCGAAUGCUCAUAGCAAACGGAAUUAUAUUCUUCUGUUGUCUUGCACCGUUUCAGACAGCUUCUCUCCUGAGGGCUUUAUUCAACUUCAACAUUGUUCAUUUUGAGGUAGCAAGUGGCAUACUAAUGUACAUGAAUUCUGCAGUCAACCCUAUUGUCUAUAACUGUACAAACUCUCGUUAUCGUCUCGCGUUCAGACUUGCGUUCACGUUCGGGCCGGCUAACGCAAGAACGCGGCGUUUCCGUUCCGUCAUAUCUAUGGAGGAAUAUCACAGAUCGAGUGUUGUUCUUUAAUUUGGUGAACUCUUGGUUGAACUUAAGACAUUCAUGAAACAGUUGUCUGGUUCAUCUGAACAGCAUUUGUAAACGUGCAGGAAUCUUCACCAUACAGUUCGUACACAUUGAUAACUUGGCGUACAAAGUGUAAACAGGGUAUGUGGGACAAAAUGCUCAAUGACAUCACAACAAAUUGUAAAAAAAAAAAAAAAAAAAAUUCAUUACACUUCAUACAUAAAAUGGAAUUGUACACGGUAUAAACAACACCCAUCAGAGGUCACAAUAUUGAGCAUUUGGUCUCAGAAGAAGACCACGUCAAGUUGAAUAUGUCAUCGUCGCAUGGAGGUGUCAUGAAUCUUGUCCCCACACAUGCACACUGACUUCUCGGUCGUUCAACUUGAAAGAGAUACACGAGUAAUUAAGAACAAUAUGGUUUUCUCCGAACACCUGUUCAAUUAAAUUGCAGCCUCGCAUUGCAUAGAUUGAAUGAAAUAAUUAUUCAAUAAUUCAUCGAGCGUUAAUUUACACAAUGCUUGCAGCAUACGACUCGUAUAUUCAGUUGGCUGCUCUGCUUGUAAGUUGCAAUCAAUUAUGUGUAUUUUGCAAGAAAAGACAAAGUUUUUAUGUGGAGAAGAACAAACGGCACUUUCUAAGCCAAUAUUAUUCUCUGUAUGAUUGUACUCGUAACAAUAUGUGUGUUCAUUUAGGUAUGUAAAAACUAAGGUCUAUUCUAUUUCUGUACGAUGAUAUCGACAAACAAUUCUUAUAGAAGGGCUCUAUGGUCGAAGUCAGUGUUGAGAUUCACUCAUUUCCCAAUAGACAUAGUCCUCAUAAAAGUGUAUUAGUUCAGAGGGUUUACGUUAAAAUGGUGUAAAACUUUAUUUGCCUAUCGGGGAGAGAUAAGGCAUUGGACACCCAGCAGGGUGGAUGCGCAUUACAAGUCUUAUUAUUUUUUUUUUUAUUAAAAGUAAUGUGUGUACAUUCCAAAGAAGGAUUUAGAAUUAUUCCGUCGGGUGGAAUUAAAGGCUGUCACGAUUUGAUUUCAUCAACAUUCAGAAAUGAACCAAACAUUCUCUACAUAAUGUACGGACCAUAAAUUUGAAAUGUGACGUCAGAACGUUUUCGAAUUUUGACAACAAUUGCACUUGAAGGGGAUUCCAACUCGAUGGCAUUUAACAGUGUUAAUGAUAAGAUUCAAGACUUGUAGUUUGUUUUCGUUCUCUUAAGAGUUCUAUGGCAAAAUGAGCCACAAAACUGAGUUUGCCCUUGGUGGCCCCUCUUUAACCGAGUCUCAAACAUGCAACAGUUGUAUUUAUGUAACAUUCCCUGAAUUAAGCGUUACUGAAUACAAUGUUUGGAUACUGAGUGAGUGAAUACUACUUCAUUGGUGUGUCACUCGAAUGUAUUGCUGAAAAGAAGCAACCUUCAACGUUGAUGAUGCAGCCCUGCGGCCUUUAUAGCAGUAACUGCGAUUAAUUGAUUCGAACACAGCCUCAACAACUUAAGUUUACGUUAAAGCACAUGCGUCAGAUUGGUAAUGUCAAAAACCAGUAUAUCCACACUUGAUGUGAUCCAACAUUAUAUUAAUGAAAUACAUUAAUUUGCUUCACCAUUUUUUAACAGUUAGGAUUAGGACUUACAAGAUCAAAACUAAUUGUUUCUACACUCACUUCAAAAACUGUUGCAUUUAAAGCAUUUCCAAUGGGUGGUUUUCCAAAGGCCAAAUUUACGCCAUGUAAGUUGCUUGUAAAUCUGUGAACAUUUAUAAAUUUAUUCUUACGCAUGAGACUUUAUGGGAUACUACAGGGUACUAUCAACAGCUUCUACUCUUUCGCUUCAUUUGUUUGAAUGCAACAAACCGAUCUGACUUUUCAGCGAUUAGAAUGCUAAGUGUUUUUGAAGGUUUGUUGUAAAAGCACAUGUUAGGUCGGUGAAUUGAGUGUCUGUUCUAACCAAGUGGGCAGCAACACCUGCGUGUUUUUGCGUCAUAACUCAAUAGCUUUACUCUAAACUAGGUCUGAGGUCACUGUUCGCUCUUUGCUUCUAAUGAAUUGCUUAACAAAUGUGGAAUAUUCAUCUUAGUGGCUGCACGCAUCCACUUUACGAACGGUUUCGCUCAAUGGAAUUGUGAGCACAAUGCAUGAAUUCGAGCACACGUACAAAGUAAGCAACAAAUUAUCUUACUGUAAUUUGGCCGUUUUCUGAAGAAAUGGGACUACCUUAUUCCAAUGAAAUUUCCCACGACCUGUUGGUGGGGUUUUCUUGUUAAGAAUCUAACCUCCCAAAAAUGACAUUUUUCAUAUUGUAAUAAAUAAUUCAAAUAAAUACUUUAUGGAUCUCCUACCAGUGUGAUCGACAGGUUCUCGAUACGCAUUUUAUAAUGCUUGAUACAAAAUAGGUCAAAGCUGUUUUCAUACGGGUUUUUUUAUUGAACAACGUGUCAUCUCAGAAGAUAAAAGUUUCAGAUAGAAAUUCAUCUUUUGUGUUAUUAUUACAACUAACAAAAUGAACAAUGUUUUUUUGUCAUCAUCAUAACUGUAGCAUACCAUCAAUGUUUUCCAUGUUAAAGGGCCUGUGUAUAGUAAAAUAAUGCAUAGUUUGGUGUCGCGCUGGUGAAAAAAAAAAUACUACUGUGUAUGUAUCUUUUAUUUUGACAUAUAUUUCUGAAAAUAACAGAACUGCGUAUGCAUAAUUCAUAGCUAGAAUAUAAAUGCAACAUUUCUUGUACUCAUUAAACAUACACACGAUGAUAAUGGGACAUGUGAGUGUUUUUAGCAUUUUAUAAGAUCUCCAAGAUCCUUGAAAAGAGUUCACAUUAUGCAUUUAGCCGUGAAACAUCAGUUCUCAAAAUGCAAUCAACGCUUUAAUACGCGAGGUCCUUGAACACACGGGAGAGACAAAAACGUUGUUAGCAGGAGAAUAAUUAUUGUUGGCAACCAUCCUGUGGGAUACUUCACGCUAUCUCUUUUGCCUCCCUCUCGAUUACCAACAUGUGUGAUUGUUUGUCUUGCGUUAGAUGAGAGACAGAAUAUCGUGCAUUUUCGAGGACAUCUCUAAGUAAUCCAAACUGUGUGAAAAAAAGGAUCAUCAGGCCUUAUUCUUGCGGUCACAAGUUUGUCUAAACAACUUCUCACUUCUUUUCUGUACUUAUAUAAACACUAAAUGAUUGUUGUUUAUUUAUUUAUUGAUUAUUGAUUUAUUUAUUUAUGGUUUUGCCUUUAUUGUUUAAAGCAUGGAGCAAUUGCUCCAUGUUUAAUACCACACGUUACCUUCAGAUCGGACGAGUUGGUCUUUGAAAAGCACGCCAUGUUGUGGACUCCAUGAAAUAGCCGACCAUGUUAGUUCGCAAAGUAAAAGGAAAACCACGCAUUUUCGAGGCAUAUUUGUGUGGA